AUGAGACAAACGAAAUCGGAGCCGCAUGGGAAGAGGCGAAGUUGGAAGAACUGGUUAAUACCCAAACGGCAAAACCAUAAGAUCAACGCGGCUGUCUGCGGCGGGGCGAGGAAGAAAGCAAGGUCGAAGUUCCUGGGGCGCUCUGACUGGAGGCUGUAUCGGUCUGAAACGAAGAGAAUCUCCACCGGUGAAGAGAAGAAACCGAUCUCCAGUCGACGCUCAAACAACCAACCGGAAAACCUCUGUGGUUGCAGACGAGCAAGGGCUUCGUGGAGGCGGCAUCAGACGGCUGCAUAG